AUGGAGAAAGAGGUUGUGGAAAACCUUUGGAAUGGUAACAGAGAUACUCAAAUUCAAGCAGCAGUGGAACUGAGGAAAUUCACCAGAAAGCAGAGGCACAAUUUGGCAGAACAUGGAGUUAUGGUACCUCUAAUUUCCAUGCUUCAUUCUCAAGACUAUGAAGCCAUCGAAGUUUCUCUGUCUGCUCUACUUAGCCUUGCCUUUGGCAGUGAACGAAACAAGUCCAGGAUCAUCAAAUCAGGAGCUUUGCCAGUAUUGCUGAGCCUCCUCCAUUGCCAAAGCCAAACAGUGGUGGAAUUAACAAUAGCCACGUUGCUAACCAUCUCUUCUUGCAAUGCAAAUAGGGUAGCAAUUGCUUCAUCUGGGGCUAUUCAACUCUUGGCUCAAUUUCUCAACAAUAGCACUAGUAGCACUCAGUCCCAGCUUGACACUGUAGCCACUCUCCACAACCUCUCAACUUGCCAAGAGAUUAUUACUCCAUUCAUUGUCUCUUCUGGGGUUAUACUUUCCUUGCUUGAACUGAUCCACACAUCAGAAAAAUCAUCAACAUUGGUUGAGAAAGCAAUUGGGUUGCUAGAACAUAUUGUGUCUUCAUCAGAGAGUGCACUUUGUGAGGCUGCUAGUAUUGGAGGAGCAGUUAGGACACUGGUGGAAACUAUUGAAGAUGGGUCAUUUCAAAGCAAAGAGCAUGCAGUAGGGACACUACUACUCAUUUGCCAAAGCUGUAGAGAUAAGUAUAGAGGAAUGAUCUUGAAAGAGGGAGUGAUGCCAGGGUUGCUUCAGUUAAGUGUGGAUGGAACUUGGAGAGCCAAAAAUUUGGCUAAGAACUUGUUGUUGCUUCUGAGGGAUUGCUCUAAUUAUGGUUCAUCAAGUAAACAAGUUAAUCAUGGGUUUAUAGAACGGAUCAUGGAAGAAAUUGAUGAUGCAGAAGGGGAGGAACUGGCAGAGACCACGUUGAGAUUGGUAGAGGAGAUGGUUGCAAAACUAAGUAUAUAA